AUGAGGGGAGUCAACGAGAAGGCUUCAAACAGCUCGGGCAGUGAGGGCGCCUCCAUCGACGAGAUCACUCAAGACCGCGAGAAGGCUCUAACCGGCCAAGCGCCAGUCCCCGUGGAUCCUGGCGUGUUGGAGAAGCUAGACUCCCGCGUAGUGAAGGUAGAAGAGGGCGACGAUGAUCCUCUUGGGCACCUUCCGGAGCAUGAAAGGCAAAUUCUUAAGCGACAGUUGGAUGUCCCGCCGGUCAAGGUUACCUAUAUCACCCUCUACCGUUAUGCCACUACGUGGGACAAAGUCAUUAUUGCCAUUUCCGCCAUCUGUGCUUUUGCGGGAGGUGCUAUCCUGCCGCUGAUGACGAUCAUAUUUGGACAACUUGCAGGGACUUUCCAGGGACUCUUCCUCGGAACUCUUGCCGAGGGUCAAUUCGCCAGCGACUUGGCGAAGUUCACGUUGUACUUUGUCUAUCUUGGCAUUGGCGAGUUUGUAACAAUCUACAUCACCACAGUGGGCUUCCUCUAUACCGGUGAACACAUCUCGAGCAAGAUGAGAGAGGAGUACCUUCAGGCUAUCUUAAGGCAGAACAUAGGUUUCUUCGACAAGCUCGGUGCCGGCGAAAUCACCACUAGGAUCACAUCCGACUCGAACUUAGUUCAGGACGGCAUAUCUGAGAAGGUCGGGCUUGUUCUGACUUCUCUGGCCAGCUUCAUCACAGCUUUCGUGAUUGGAUUUGUCGUUUAUUGGAAGCUUACACUGAUCCUCACUUCAACAAUCUUCGCCAUCACGUUCACCAUGGGCGGCGGCUCUAACUUCAUGAUGAAGUACAACAAGAAGUCACUGGAGUCGUACGCACUCGGAGGGACUGUAGCAGAAGAGGUUCUGAGCUCCAUUCGGAAUGCCACUGCCUUCAAUACCCAGGACAAAUUGGCUCGCCAGUACGACGUACAUCUGAAAGAGGCCGAGAAGUGGGGCCUCAAGAUGAAGAUCAUUCUGGCGGUGAUGAUUGGGGGAAUGAUGGGCAUAAUCUACCUGAACUAUGGUCUGGCCUUCUGGAUGGGCUCGCGGUAUCUUGUUGCCGGUGAGACGGAGCUGUCAGACAUCAUUACCAUCCUAUUGGCGGUCAUCUUUGGUGCUUUCUCGCUCGGCCACAUUGGACCGUGGAUUUCGGCAUUUACCACUGGAACAGCCGCAGCGGCCAAGAUAUACAGCACCAUCGACAGGGUUUCACCAUUGGAUCCAAUGACGAGUGCCGGGAAGACAUUGGAUGUUGUCGAAGGAACCGUUGAGCUCCGCAAUGUCAAGCAUAUCUAUCCCUCUCGGCCAGAGGUGGUAGUGAUGGAAGACGUUAAUCUUGUUGUACCGGCUGGGAAGACUACUGCGCUUGUUGGAGCUUCAGGCUCAGGAAAGAGUACCAUCGUCGGCCUUGUGGAGAGAUUCUACGACCCUGUUGGGGGCACUGUGCUGCUCGACGGUCACAAUAUCCAGGAUCUAAACCUUCACUGGCUCCGUCGGCAAAUUUCUCUGGUGCAACAAGAGCCCGUACUCUUUGCGGUUAGCAUUUUCAGCAACAUACGACACGGGUUGAUUGGUACGAGCUAUGAGCAUUUGGGUGAGGAAAAGAUCAAAGAGAUGGUAAUAAACGCUGCAAAGAUGUCCAACGCCCAUGAUUUCAUCACCGCCCUACCCGAAGGCUAUGAGACCAACGUUGGCGAGCGUGGCUUCCUAAUGUCGGGUGGACAGAAGCAGAGAAUUGCCAUUGCCCGUGCAAUCGUUAGUGACCCUAAGAUCCUUCUGUUGGAUGAGGCAACCUCCGCCUUGGACACGAAGAGCGAAGGCGUGGUGCAAGCCGCGCUUGACAAAGCAGCUCAGGGCCGCACCACCAUCGUCAUUGCCCACCGUCUGUCGACCAUCAAGGGCGCCGACAACAUUGUUGUCAUGACCAAGGGGAGAAUUGUUGAACAGGGUACCCAUGACGGAUUGCUCGAAAGGAAGGGAGCCUACUACAACCUGGUCGAAGCACAACGCAUCUCAGCUGCCAAUCAGGGCAAGGACGAAGAUGAGGUUGCCAUUCUCGACGAACGAGAUGAUCAGCUGUGCAGUCCGGCCACUGAGAAGGGCAAUGCCUUUGACUCCGACCCCGACGAUGUAGAUCCCGCCAACAGGCUGAAUCGAACUCAGACUGGCAAGUCGGCAUCGAGCAUUGAACUGCAGAAGAGGAAGGCAGAGACAAAGGGAGAAUACUCACUUUGGACGCUCAUAAAGCUCGUCGGCAGCUUCAAUAAGAAGGAAUGGCACUUCAUGCUCAUUGGGCUCUUCUGGUCCAUCAUCGCUGGUGGCGGUAAUCCUGUACAGGCUAUCUUCUUUGCCAAGUGUAUCGUCGCCUUAUCCCGGCCUCCAAACGAAUAUGCGCAGCUCCGCAGCGAAGCGAACUUCUGGAGCGCGAUGUACCUCAUGCUCGGCAUCACUCAAUUCAUUUCGUUCUGGGGUCAGGGCAUUGCGUUUGCUUUCUGCUCCGAACGACUUGUCCACCGCAUCCGAGACCGAGCAUUCAGGACGAUGCUCAGGCAAGAUAUCGCCUUCUUCGACAAGGAAGAGAACAACGCUGGCGCGCUCACCUCGUUCCUGUCGACCGAGACAACCAAGAUUGAGGGCCUUAGUGGAGUCACUCUCGGCACGCUUCUCAUCGUCACCACUACCCUUGUCGCCGCCAUCGCGAUCUCCCUCGCCAUCGGAUGGAAGCUUGCUCUCGUCUGCAUAGCGACGAUACCGGUCCUUCUAGCAUGCGGUUUCUUCCGCUUCUGGAUGCUCGCAAGAUUUGAGACGCGCUCAAAGAAAGCGUAUGCCAACUCUGCCAGCUACGCUUGCGAAGCCACUUCGGCCAUCCGCACCGUUGCCUCCCUCACGCGCGAAGAUGACGUCUACCAGCAGUACCACGCAAAGCUUGUCGCACAACGCCAGAAGAGUCUCCGAUCCAUCCUCAGAUCAUCGAUACUGUAUGCGGCAUCUCAGUCUCUUAUGUUCCUCUGCAUGGCUCUCGGCUUCUGGUAUGGUGGCACCCUACUGGCAAGCGGCGAGUACACCAUGCUUCAAUUCUUCAUCUGCUUUACCGCCGUUACUUUCAGCGCCCAGUCCGCCGGCACGAUCUUCUCCUUCGCACCGGACAUGGGCAAGGCCAAGCACGCCGCCGCGGGUCUCAAGGACCUCUUCGACCGCAAGCCCGAGAUCGACUCGUGGUCUGAGGUCGGGCAGAGACUGAGCGGCAUGGAAGGCUCCAUCGAAUUCAGGGACGUACACUUCCGCUACCCGACGAGGCCUGAGCAGCCCGUACUACGUGGGCUGAAUCUCACGGUCAAGCCGGGCCAGUACGUUGCGCUUGUUGGCGCUAGCGGGUGUGGCAAGAGUACUACUAUCGCUCUUCUGGAACGUUUCUAUGACCCUUUGGUCGGCGGUGUCUACGUCGACGGCCGCGAGAUCUCGAGCCUCAACAUCACUGAUUACAGGAGCUACCUCGCGCUUGUUAGCCAGGAGCCGACACUGUACCAGGGCACUAUACGGGAGAACAUCUUGCUUGGCGCCGACAACGACGAUGUCUCUGAGGAGUUGAUCGUUCAGGCUUGCAAGGACGCCAAUAUCUAUGAGUUUAUUCUGUCGCUGCCCGACGGCUUCAACACCAUCUGCGGCAGCAAAGGCACGCUCCUCUCCGGCGGCCAAAAGCAGCGCAUAGCCAUUGCACGCGCCCUGCUCCGCGACCCGAAGAUCUUGCUCCUCGACGAAGCGACCUCGGCUCUAGACUCGGAGUCAGAGAAGGUCGUCCAAGCAGCCUUGGACGCCGCGGCGAAGGGUCGCACGACGAUUGCUGUGGCACACAGACUGAGCACGAUCCAGAAGGCUGAUAUCAUCUACGUGUUUGAUGGUGGGAGGGUCGUCGAGAGGGGGACGCACAGCGAGCUGAUCACGAAAGGCGGCAGGUACUUCGAACUCGUGUCUUUGCAGAGUUUGGGGAAGGCGCAUUAA